UCUAACGCCGCCAUUUUAGUGUCAAGCGUACACUGAUAUUGAUGUGCUUGCUACAUAUUUCUAUUUUAAUUAUAUUUAAACAGUUAUUCUCCUUUUUAUGUGAUUAAAUAUUCUUACAAUUUUCGGUUAAUCGCUUUGAUUGCUGCCUCGCAGGUUUUACAAAAGCUCUAAUGCAAGGCCAAGCUAUGAAUCACUUUGGACACAGAGGUUUUGGUGGUCCACCCCAGCCACAAAGACAAGGUGGCCGUCGUGGAAACAGAGGUGGAGGCUUUCGAGGAGGAAACAACUCUAGAUUUGAACAUAAUCACAGAAAUUCCCCUCAUCAAGGAGGUCAACGCCCUAACGAGGUAAAACCAGUCACUCAAGACAAGCCCCCACAGCUGCCGGCUACCCAACAAGCACCAAAAGAAAAAGAAGUUAUCAACCAGCAGACGGAUCAACAAAAUCAAAAACCUAGUCCACAGCAGAAUCAGACAAAACCACAGGAACCACAAACACCAAAAGUAAACCAGAAUCCUGCCCUGAAGCAAGAUUCUAAAGAUAAUGUUGACAAGGCUGUUCCUAAUGAAACAAAACCAAUCAUUAAUCACAACAACCAAUCUAAUUUCCAAAAGAAUGUUAAUGGUAACUUUGGUGGCCCUGGGAAACAAGGUGGUUGGAGUCAAGGUAACCAAGGUAACAAGCAAGGUAAUUUGGGACAACAGCGUGGUCCAAGAGGAGAGUUCAAUAGGGGUCCGGGAGGACAAGGCCAAGGAGGACAAGGUCAAGGUCCACCUGGCCAGGGCCCAGCUCGUAAUCAACAGAGGACUAACAGUCGGGUUGGAGGGGGGCAGUUUGAAGGAAAACCAGUGCAACGAGAGGAACACAUGUUGGCUAAUAAGUUAAAGGACCUCAUGGGGCCCCUCCUUGAUUUGCCAACCAUUGAACAACCAGAAGUUAAGUUUAAUGGAAGAAGUAGACUCUAUAUUGGUAAUCUUUGCAAUGAUGUAACAGAAGAAGAAAUUCUUAAUCUGUUUAACCAGUUCGGAGAAACUGCAGAGUUGUUCUUGAAUAAGGAAAAGAACUUUGGUUUCAUUAAAAUGGAUUACAGAGUUAACGCUGAGAAGGCAAAACGUGAAUUAGAUGGUAAAAUGAAGAAUGGAAGAUCUAUGAGAGUGCGGUUUGCUCCACACAACAGUGCCGUGCGAGUUAAGAAUUUACCGCCAUUUGUCUCGAAUGAACUCUUGUAUAAGGCAUUUGAAAUUUUCGGAAAAAUCGAAAGAGCAUAUGUGAGGGUGGACGAAAGGGGGAAGACAUUGGGUGAGGGAAUAGUAGAAUUCUCCCGAAAACCCAGUGCUCUCGCUGCAAUCAGAAAUUGCUCUGAACGAUGCUUCUUUUUAACAUCAUCAUUGCGGCCAGUCAUAGUUGAGAACUUGGAAGAACCAGAUGAGUUUGAUGGUUUUCCAGAAAAGAAUAUUUCGAAAAAACAUCCAGAAUAUCUUAAAGCCAGAGAGGUUGGUCCAAGAUUUGCUGAAGCGGCAAGCUUUGAACAUGAGUAUGGAACAAGAUGGAAGCAGUUACAUGAGCUUCAUCGCCAGAAAGAGGAAGCCCUCAAGAAAGAGCUUGCUGCAGAGGAGGAGAAACUCGAGGCACAGAUGGAAUUUGCCAAAUACGAGCACGAGACUGAACUGCUACGCGAGCAGCUCCGACAGCGCGAGCAGGACAGGGAGCGGCAGAAGCGCAGCUGGGAAAUGGCGGAGAGGGCUGCGGACGAGCGCCGGGAGACCGAGAGGAUGCAGCUCAUGAGGCACGAGGAGGAGCUCUCGCAGCGCAUGCGGCUGCAAGACGACGAGCUGCGGCGCAGGCAGCAGGAGAACACGCUCUUCGUGCAGGCUCAAAGACUGAACUCAAUGCUUGAUCGUCAAGAACAGGGCAUGUUUGACAAUCAGCAACCCAUGGACGGAGGCUUCAGAGACCAGUUCGACAUGCCACGUGGAGGUUUUGACGACAUGCCGCAGAACCGAGUUUGGGAAGGACGCCCAAUGGACGAUUACCCAAACAAACGUCGUCGUUUCUAAAUAUUCUAAUGAUGUCGCGUACUUCGUGAUGCGCGUAUUUCGAGGAUGUUUUGGUUAGGAACUAACUAAGGGCUCUGCUAUUAAUACGAAUUUAUGCGUAUUCAGCAAUGUUACCUAAUGCGUUCCAGUAUUCUUCACUAACCGAAUACUUCAUUGGAAAAAAUCGAAAUAUGCGUUGCGAUCAAUUAGACUUAAUCAUGACUAUUUUCAUAAUAUACCCUAAAUCUUAAAUAUUAGUUAAAAUAAGUGAUGUUUGGAAAAUUGAAUGCUUUAUGUGUUGCCGACAUAAACACCUAAUGAGUACGAUUGUACUUUCCGUAGAUAUUUAAUAAGUAUAGGUCACGUAUAUCGUACAGUAACAGGCAAUUUUAUUCUCAAUGUUUUAUACUUAAAAUUUAAAAUAAAUAAAAAUAUUUAAAGAUAAUUUAUAUAUAAUAACUAGUUUCUCUUCGUCUCCGACUAUAACAUAUAAUUAGAUUUGUAAUGUUUAAACAUAAUUGAAUAGGUACAUAAUUACUUUAGCUCUAAUGUAGUAGUUAUAUAGGAUCGAUUUAGGUUUAUAGACAUAAGAAAAAUUUAAAUUUCUAUUAUUCAAAUGCCCGAGCAUGAAUUGCUUUAAAGAAAGCCGUGAAAGAUUUAUUGUAAAAUUAUUUUUUUCAAUGAGACUGCGUGUAAUAAAAAAUAUAAUAAAUAUAUAUGUGUGAAUGCAUAGUGCAAUUAGAUUGUCAUUUUCUCUUGAAUAUAUAAUGAAAUAUAGCUUUUUGUACUACCUAACUGUAACUUCACAUGUUCCUUCUUUAAUUUUAUCCUGAACCAGUUCUUUUCUAUAUAUUUUUUUUUCAAUUGUUUGAAUAGUCAAUAAAUUCUUUUGUAAUAUAUGAAUAAAUUUGUAUUAGAUAAAACAACAAUCCUUAUAUUUUAUGAUUACUACCCCCGAAAUUGUUUUAGUAAGCGUACUGUUAUGAAAAAAGUGAUACUACAGUAGGAUGUCAAAAAUAAUUUGCCCUAUUUCAAUGAUGUCCAAAAAAUGAAGCUGUAGCAAAUUGUCAACCCGUUUUAAAGUGUAAGUUAACAUAUUCAUUUAUUUUGAUUUAAUUGCAAAGGACAUUGAAUCGAACAUUGACUCUCAACAUAACAUACUAGACCGAAUUUGACUUUUAUUAUACAUAUCAGAAAUGUCUCGAACGAGGUAAUAGGGAUGUUCUGUUCACGUUUUCACACCGUUGCAAUGGCCUCACAUGCGAGAAGGUGAAGAGUAUUAGGUGACAACCUGAUAUAUAGGUAUUAUUUAUGUAAAAAAAAGAAAGAAAUAUAAUGCUUGUAAUUGCUUGCGUUGUCUCCAUGUAACGUCAAUUUACCGAACAAACCCGCGGUGUGAUCACUCCAUUUUUACUUACUUUGGUUGGUUUAAUUAGCUUCCAUACAAUCAACAUUGGAUUGCACCCAUCCUCAAUAACGACAAUUAAAUAACAUAAAAUAAUUUAAGUUGCCGAAAUUACUUAAAACUGCGGAUGGGGCGGUAAAUUCUUUACGUUUUCGUGUAACAUGACUGGUGCAGCAAAAGACGACAAGUAGAAAUAACUGACUACACAAUAGCGUACAAAUAUGAAUUGUUUUUUAUGUAGUUACUAACACUAGUCUGAAAUAAACUUUCUCUUCUUCUAAUACAGAUUUUUCUUCUUUCCAUUGUGUGUUAACAUAGAGUUACACUAUAUUUAUUUUUAUAAAAUAACACGGGCCCAUAUCUAUCCUGCAAUUUUAUCAUUCUAACAUGCUAAAUACACCAAAUACAAAUAAUUAUACGAGAAAUAUAUUAUAUAAAUGUGUAGUUCGCGCAUAAUUAGUAGACUACUAUUUUUUUAUACGUCAAUCAAAGCGCGCCGCAGUGUAUAUGACUAUAAGAAAAAUAUAAAUUGUUUCCAUUAUAUACACUGAAAUUAUGGUCGUUCUAAGAGCAUUAACUAACAUUUGGACCAAAAUUGACUGCGUGUGUCAUACAGAAGAACUUUAUUUGUCAGGAUAUUUUAUAAGACAAGAAGAUUAAUAGUCUCCCAGUCAACAUACAUAUUACUUCAUUUCGAUGGCGAGGAAGCAAUAUUAUUUAUUACCAAUCAACCCAUUUGGUGUGAUUCAUAAAUAUUAGUUGAAUGUAAUAAAAAAAUACUUUUCGAGAGUAUUUGGGAAUCUGUUAAUUGAAACCAAAAUAGCGGGAUGUACAAUGCGAUUCUGCGAUGCAUAACUUUUUUUAAACUUUUCAUGUCACUAAGAAAGGAUUAGAAUUCCGUUGUGGGUCUUCUACAGAAGAAUAUAUUUAAUUUAUUUUACAUUAGGUACUCUCCAAAUGGGUAAGUAUGUUCGAAUUAUGAUAACAAAUGUUUGAUUUAUUUAAUAAUUUUUAUACAUGUUAUACAUACUUUCUGAGUUAAAAUAUCUGUAGUGUAUAGACUGAACAAAUGUGUGUAAGCAAACUGACUGGAUCAAUGACAAAUUAUUUUAGAGAUAUAGCUGUUAUACAGAGUAUUUAGAUCAGUCUUGGUUCUAAUUUGUUUCGAAGUUUAGUGUCGUGUACAAUAACAUAAAUAUUAGUUCAAUGUAAUUGUCAUCCCAACAUUUGAACUGUUGAAUUAAUUAUAUUAAAUGCCUUAAUUACAUCGAUCGGUAUUCGUUAUAAUAGCGAGCAUAUUCACUUGUAAUUCUGUGAAUGCUCCAUAUUCAAGGAGCUCC